GACGCCCAAGGAUUAUUCGCGACAUGGAGCAGUUCAAGAUAUCCACGCUUUCGAAGCAAUUCCCCAACCAGCUAGCCCAGGGCAAGGAAGGAAAGGUGAUUCUCGCGGGGCAGGGCGAUGACUGGUUCCUGGAAAAUCUUUUUUCCACCGAAGGUGGAGACAACCGAGCCAUCAUCGCUCCCCGGCUGGGAAUGCUCCAGGCACUGGCCAGCCUCGCCCCCGUGUUCAAGCCUGGCUGCAGCGAUCUCAGCGGCGAGGUUCGGCUGUCGCUCGAUGACGAACGGUUCCCCUGGAGGUUCGACAACGAAGACUCCAGCGGCUUCACUAUAGCGGCUCGCGAACAAAGCAUCCCGGACGGCGUGGUCCUCCCCGCCGGCGGGAAGAUCUUUCUCGUUUGGGAAGCCACCGAAGUGAAGUGGGUGUGGAGCGGCGGCGUUGUUCCUGCAGUUCCCGGCAACGCCCGCUGGGUUUUGCAAAAGGUUCAGCCUGUGAACGAUGCCCUGGAGCAGGUGAAGAUAUCUCUCUUCACCAAGGCGUUCGCCCUACCCCGGGAACGGUUCGUGGCCCAGGCCGACCGGAGCGUGGUACUUGCUGCAGAGGGCGACAAAUGGUUCCUCAGGUCGUCUUCCAAAGGGGAUGACUCUGUCAAGUCUAAGACCAGUGCGAUUCUCGCCCCUAGCCUCGGCCCCCUCCAGGUGCUGGCCCAGCUGGCCCCAAUCUUCCCCCCGAAGACAAGGAACGAGUCCUCUCCCACCCCUAAGGCUGGCGGCCACGGAGAACAGCAUGCACCGUCCUGUGACGACAUGGUGGAUCAGAGCGGAGAGCUCGGGCUCAGCGUCGCCACGAACGGAAAUGAUUUUCCGUGGACGUUUGAGGAGAGGGCCGAGGGCGGCGUCACCAUCACGGCCACCGCCCCCCCCGAGCUAGCCUUCCCCGCGGGGGGCAGGGUGUACCUGGUCUGGGAGCUUCCGAACAUGGUGAAGUGGCAAUUCUCCGGGGGGCUCGUGGCGGAAGUACCCCCCGGCGCUCUGUGGGCCGUCUCGCCUGUUGAUGGAGGAGGAGGAGGAGGAGGAGGAGGGAAGGAGGGCGCCUGUGGUGUUGUGGAGCAUGUGGCUGCCGCCGCUGGUUCGUCUACGACGAUCGCGGAUACCUCGAGUGGUUUGGGCCCUUAAAUACGGAGAUAAAAAUAUCGAGAAACAUUGAAGAAGAGUGGACUAUAUUUUCGCGAUAUUGUCUUGUCUAUUUUCCUGUUUGUUAUCGACUUGUACGAAAUGGUUGGGGAAAACUACACUUAAUACUGCAGCGUGGGGAGAAAGCCAGGCUACCUACUGUAGGGGGACGUACUUGUUGGUGAUGUGCGUCGACGAUUUUUUUGUCGGAAACAAGGAGGUACAUUGAUGUGGUGCGGGGAUCACAUGGCGUUGAAGUCGUUCCGCGAUUGAAUUUCGCGAUCACUUUUGAUUGGAUCAAAGAGAGGUAAUAAAUUUCGACGUUUCUCUAACGAGAGGCAAAUUUGUUUGAUGUUCUCUCGAGUACACAGAGGAGGCUUAUUUGUUUUCCACCAGAGCCUUUGGACCUUUGCGGUUAAGGUAGCUCAAUGCACGCCCGGCUACAUGAGAGACUUGAUUUUUCAUGGGUGGAGGGUGGAGGGGAUGGUACGACCGCAGUGGUCUCUUCGGUCUUCGAGUGUAGUGAAUUGGCACAGGCGAAUCUGAUGAUGGAACGUAUGCUUAGUGAAUCGAUCUACGAGAGACAGAUAUGACAUCCGUGAAAGUUCAGAAUUGGCGUACGUUCAACGUGGUAGAUGUUGGACAGUGUGGAGCAAUUGUCCGACCACCUACUACGUAUGUUAGCAGGUGACGGACGUUGGGAAUAUUCCUCCUUUGGAUUCAUUCCAACUGACCUUGAUUUGCUUUGCGUGCGUCGCCUGCUGGUGUGUUGACAACCAACAUGUGUUUGGGGUGUCGGCGCGUGUACUAUGUUAUCACGCUCGCGGGCUCUUGUCGAGAGCGUGUUGCACAAAGGAGUGACUCAAGUUCCUUGCUUAUUGGAGAGUUUAACGAGUGACAGACGUCAGCAAGAAGAGGCAAAGCCUGCUGCACCAAGUCUGUCUAUCAUACCCAUAUCUUUUUCAUCUGCGUAACCCCCUCGGAGAUCUCGGAGAAUUGUAUCCUGCCGUGUACACACACAAACAGCCCCCCUACUCGGUACGAGAUACGAUCUACGAGAUCCUCCGUACAUAUCGCCAGGUAAAACGGCAACAAAUCUAAAAACCGUUCAUCUUUCGUAUCCACAAAUAAAUCAUCUCAACUCCCGGAUCUAUCGAAUAUUCAAGUUUCAGGUUACUCCUCCUCCUACGACUAUGGAACUUCACUAAGAGUCUUAACAAGCACCCCUCUCGAGAAAAUGUCGUCACCACAUUCUCAAGUAGUCAAACACAAAGAAUUAUCCUUGGAAGAUUACUCAGCAAAGAUCAACAUUACAUCAGAGCCACGUCAUAAAGACUCUGGACGGACAACUCUGGCAAAACGCGUCAACAAAUACCUCGAACAAAACCCUCGCACAAAACUGUGUUUCAACUCAUUGACCAAUUUGAAAUAAGCUUCGGAAGCACAUAGGCCUCAACCAUGUCUUACCAAAAUAUGUCAAAUCCUUCCUCCAAUACAUCGUUCAGAACAGUCAUCAAUACCUAAUACAUGCGGCACCAAUAGACAAACGUUAAAAACCCGGCGUUCAAAGACGCCAGAGGAAACUUUCGCCAAUUAUGCCGUUUCUCAAACAUCCAGACAUGGACUUCUUGACAGCCCCCCUGCUGCAUCAUCUCCCAAAACACGAACGCUAACAGCCCCCCUGCUGCAACAACUCUCGGAUCCAAACAACGAGAAAUCAAACGAAUAUAUAUCAUGAAGUUACCUCCGAACCCCGCGGAAAAAACCGGAAUCGCGAAUAAACAAGAAAUGUAUUUCUUAUCCUAGCAACGAGGAAUCAGACAAGUAUCAUGAAGUUGCCUCAAACUCCGCAGGUAAACGCGGAAUCGCAAACAAACAAGAAUUGAGGACGAAGUUGCCUCAA